AUGCGUGCGCUCCGGUUCCACGGCAACAAAGACGUCCGAGUGGAUGAGAUCCCAGAGCCAGCCUUGCGACCCGGCUGGGUAAAGGUCAAGAAUGCCUGGGCUGGAAUCUGCGGAUCAGAUCUGCAUGAAUAUUCUAUUGGGCCGAUGAACGCGCCCACCAAACCCCACAUAUUGACUGGCGAGAGCCUUCCGUCUGUGCUCGGCCACGAAUUCGCGGGGACCAUUGUGGAAUUAGGCGAGGGCGUGACGGAUCUCGAAGUUGGGCAGAAAGUAGCGGUUUUCCCUGUCCUCUCGGACCACACAUGCUACUGGUGCCAGGAAGAGACGUAUGGAUUAUGCGAGAAAUGGGGUUUCCUGGGAUACAGCGGCUAUGGUGGUGGAAUGGCCCAAUACAUCUGCAUCGACAAGGAAGCCAUCCACAAACUUCCAGAUAACAUGCCCCUCGACGUGGGGGCACUGGUCGAGCCGCUUGCUGUUGCAUGGCACGCUGUGAAGCUGAGCAAGGUUGGGCCGGAGCAUCAUUGUCUGGUUGUCGGAGCUGGUCCCAUCGGCAUUGCAACAGUGCACUGCCUUCUCGCUCACGGCGUCCGGUCAGUGAUUGUCUCUGAACCCUCGCCCGCCAGAAUGCAGCACGCCAAAGACGCUGGUGCAUCGUAUGUGCUGGAUGCGACGAAAGAAGACGUCCCCGCCUUCUGCAAGAAGAUCGCCGACGGCUAUGGCGUCCAUGCAGCCUUUGAAUGUGCUGGGAUUCAAGCUGCCUUUGAUGUGGCGCUGGCAUCCGUCCGCGGCAAAGGGGCCAUCAUCAAUAUCAGUAUCUUCGAAAAUCCGCUUGUGAUCAAGACACCAAACUUGAUUAAUAGGAGGUCGAUCAGCUACAUUGGAUCCAAUAUUUAUACCCGUGUGGAGUUUCAGGAGGUCAUUGAUGCUAUUGCUUCCGGGAGAAUCAAGGCACCGGAGAAGAUGAUAACGGGAAGAGUGUCGUUGGAUGACGCUGUAGAUAAGGGAUUUCGCGUUCUGCUCGAUCAAAAGGAUAAGCAUGUAAAGGUCCUGGUAGACCCUUGGGCGUAG